GCAUAUCUUGCCUCUUCCAAACUCAACGUCAACCCUAACACUUACCUCUUUCUAGGUUUCGUAAUACUAACAUUACACGCAAAUAUUGUGCUUUUGGAUUAGAGAAUCACGCAGGUUGGGAGUUGGAGGAAUCAAAUCCAGAAGACUCUCCCUUGCACUCAGUGGCAGAGAGGUACAUACGGUGUAAUGCACCAGUUUAACCACAUCUCAUACCUUCCGCAGCUCAGUUAUAGCAUAUGCUCUGAAGCAAUGUGAAACAAUAUCUCGAUCUCUAGUAAUCUUUCAUAACUAACAGUGACUCUCGAUAGCACGAGAAAGGUGGCUUACCUCAACCUUCCCGAGGUUCUCUGUCAAGACACGAGGCGGCAAACAAGGCGCUAUCUUACCCCCACCUCAUACUAUCAAGCCCCAUGGCAGGUUUGACCUCGUCGUUGGUCCACAUGUCUUCUCGAAUACCGAAAUAUUCGAAGUUCAUUACCUACCUCAACAAGCAAGCACGUCUCCUUCUACUGCUUCAGGUCAAAUUACACGCCCAUCAGGAACAUCAAAUACUGCAUCAUUGUCUAAUCCAAUUCCAGCUCCUGUCAUGUCGACGCUACCAGCUGAUGCUUUUGUUACACCGGAAUUGAUUAGUCAAGUGAACUCUGCAGCCGCUUCGAAUCCGGUCUUAUCAAACCUGCUACACGAAGUUGCUGUUGGACGUGCGACUCAGGACCAACUGAAAACGCUGGGACUCCUCAUUCAGACACUCAAGGACAGUGGAGCACCUCAACAGACCUCCACAGCGCCCGCCGCAGGUUCAUCAUCUACUCCUGCACAACCUUCACAAAUUCCAACUGCGUCGCGAGAUUUUGACAUUGUACUAGAAUUCCAUGAGAAGCCUUCCGACCGAUGGAUACUGCCUCGUGGUCCUGUCAGCAUCCAACCCGUUCGUGGGCACCGAGGAGAUGAUCUGAUAGUGAAUGCUGUUCUGCCGUUCACGCAGACUACAACCUCCAAUGACGAUGUCAAUACCAAAGCCAAAGUGCCUGAGAUUGUCGCUUUCCGAUUCGCAAGCGUAUCAUUCACUGUACAUGAUCUAAUGAUGAGGUGGAUGGGAGGACCGGAGAAAAUGGCGGAGCAUGUAGGUAAAUUAAACGAAGUGGCUUCGAAAUGGCCGAAACGCCAAUUCCUGCAACACCAACUCCCCAAUGGGUAUCUUCUGGACCAACUUAAAGCGGCUGUUGCACCUCCAUAUGUCAUGAAGUCAAUCAAACCUACCCAUGGUGAUACUCACAGAAGCAAGCGUCGUGCUACCCGCAAAACUACAAAUAUUCCGCCGACACCAACACCACAAAUACCAAUCUCAGCACCAGCACCAAUACCGACACCUGCGCCAGAACAAACAUUACCCGUCCUUCAGCAGGAAGCACCGUCAGCAUCUGUUGAUAUGCCUCCCCCGCCCAAACGGAAGAAGUCCAAUAAUGCAAAACCACAAAGCUCUACGACGCCUACGCAAAUCGCCUGCCAUUCAUGUGGUCAAACAGAUGUUCCUCUAAUGAUGGGUGGUCGUUAUUGUCGUCCAUGUAUAGUUGCUGGUAAGGCGGUCGCCGAUAUACCAUCCGCGACUCCGGCGCGGGCUGUAGAGCGACCGCCGCCCAUCAAGGCAGUGAGUCGACGACCGUCAACGAUGUCCGCGCCCACCCUGGUCGCGCAUUCUCCAUUGGCUACCAAUCAACCCGUUGUAUUUGCCCCAGUCCAGACACCACAGAAUAUAGGAGAAGAGCAAAAGCCAAAGAAUACAUAGUACCUAUCAUAUUGAGAGCUAAUAUAUGGAAUAGAAGUGUUAUAAAGAUAUGACAAUGAUGUUAUAAUGAUACAUUGCAGGGUUUCC